UAUUUAGCAUGCAGAUCUCUUCUUCUGUGCUUUGCUCUGAGUUCUCGCACCUGCCCGUCGCCAUGCCGUCGUCCAUGUACGCCGCACCGCAGGCAAGCGCAAGCAACGGCGUUGGCAAUGGCGACGGCAUGCCACACGUGCUUGUUGUCCCUUACCCGGCGCAGGGCCACAUGCUGCCUCUCCUCGACCUCGCGGCGCUGCUCUCCGCACGGGGCCUCGCGCUCACCGUGGCCGUCACGGCAGGCAACGUCCGACUCCUCGCGCCGUUCCUCGCAGCGUGCCCGUCAGUCGCCACCGUCGUUCUGCCGUUCCUCCCGGCCGGGUGCGGCGAGAACACCAAGGACCUCCCGGCCGAUCUCUUCCGCCCGUUCAUGGCCUCCCUCGCGGCCCUCUCCGCGCCGCUCCUCUCCUGGUGCAAGUCUCAGUCCCGCGGCGUGACGGCCAUCGUCUCCGACCUGUUCACGGGGUGGACGCUCCCGCUCGCCGAGGAGCUCGGCGUGCCGCACGUGGCCUUCUCGUGUGCCAACGUUCACUACCUCGCCACGACGCACUCCCUUUGGCGACGCAUGCCAACGAGGCGCCGCCUCGACGACGCCGACGGGACUGUCACCUUCUCGGAGGUGCCCGGCUCGCCUAGCUUCCCUUGGCGCAGCCUGCCGUGGAUGUUCAGGGUGCAUGUGCCCGGCGACGAGGUGUCGGAGACGAUCCGGCGGAUCUUCCUGUGGAAUAUAGAGAGCUCCUGCUUCGUGGCAAACUCGUUCGCGGCGCUCGAGGCCGCCUACGUGGAGCGCCCGCUCCCCGACCUGAUGGCGAAACGGGUGUUCGCGGUGGGCGCGCUGUCGGACGCCGUGCGCAACUGCGACGAACGUGGCGGGAAGCCGGCGGUGGCCCCGGCGAAGGUGGCCGCGUGGCUGGACGGGUUCGACGACGGCGCCGUCGUGUACGUCUGCUUCGGGUCGCAGCAGGCGCUGUCGCCGUCGCAGGCGGCGUGCGUGGCAGGCGCUCUGGCGCUGAGCUCGGUGGCUUUCGUCUGGGCGGUGAGGAGCGGCACCGUCGUGCCGGAGGGGUUCGAGGCCGCAGCCACGGCGGCGUCACGGGGCAUGGUGAUCCGCGGGUGGGCGCCGCAGGUGGAGAUCCUGCGCCACCGCGCCGUGGGGUGGUUCCUCACGCACUGCGGGUGGAACUCGGUGCUCGAGGCGACCGCGGCGGGCGUGGCGAUGCUCACGUGGCCGAUGGGCGCCGACCAGUUCAUCAACGCGUCGGUGCUUGCGGAGGCCGGCGUGGCGGUGCCUGUGGCGGAGGGCGCCGACACCGCGCCCGACGCUGGAAAGAUGGCAAGCGUCAUGGCUGCAGCUGUCGCGAAGGAGGGGGAGUCCGUGAGAAAGCGUGCGGUGGAGCUCGGCCGGAAUGCGGCCGCCGCGGUGGCGGAGGGCGGAACCUCGCACAAUGAUUUGGAAGGGUUGGUGCGUGUACUCAGUGACGUCGACUAGUAUUACUGUACACUCUUGCUAAGUCUAUGCUAUAUCCGUGAGACGUUACAUUGAGAUUCAUGAUUUUUUUUUUCUCUUUUACAUGUUAUGUCACUUGACUGAGACUUAGUUAAAUCUCGAUCGUCCAUAUUCUUUUCUUGUAUUUUCAUUUCAUUACAGAUGAUGAUUUUUUUAUGGGAUGAAUGUGGAAGACUUGAUGUGGAUGAACCAUGGACGAUGGAGCACUGAAUGGUGAUACUACCCAGUUUUGGCCUUCGCAUGAACGACUUGAUGUGUUGUAUCGCACAAAAUCGUCCAGAUUUUAUCAGUAGCAGCGUCUUAUUAUCAUUGGGUUUUCACACUUACCGCUCUGAAUUUGGUUUAGGCCUCGAUUGGUUCGGCGUUUUCCAGCCUAAAACACGCUUAUUAGUUGGAAACGUAAAAAUAAUCAUCUGAGUCCCGAAAUCGCGCUUGUUUCUCACGGGUGUUUACUUUUUGGUUGUUUUGGUGACGUUCCGGCUGAAAACUUUCACAGACCAAGUGAGAGAUGUAUUUUCAUUCUUCAUUUUUUUAACAUAGUACAUACCUCAUAGGAAAAACGGAACGUAUUUCCAAGCAAGGCCUUCGCUCAAAUUUUGGGCUCUGUUGAUGAAAUAGUGCCAUCUCUACUGUAUUUUCUCUUCUGCGAGCGGUUUAUUUAUUAGUCUGGUGUUGUAUUUAUUUUAGUCAAUACAAUAGGUCUUCAUCCUGUAGAAAACUCUACUAGCUAAGCCUAUGAGAGAAGCUAACAGAAGGCUUGAAGCCUCCUAAGGGCUUGUUUGGUUAAUCUCUUCUCCAAGGGGAUUGGCGAGGAUUUUGACUUGCAUGGAAUUUAAUCCCUCAUAAUCUUUUUUAAUCCUCUUCAAAUCCUGUGCAACCCAACAAGGCCUAAGAACACCUAUAAUGUACGUUUUUGCCGCCUCCAAACUCUCUCUCUCUCUCUCACUAGAUGUGGCCUCCAUACAUUGCAGCUUGUCGCCUCUAAAGAAAUUUUGCUAGCGUUGCCUCUUAGCUAAGAGGCCGCCUCUUCGAAUAGAAUAAUUGGGCAGCCCCACUUGUUAGACUGCUUUUUGCCACAGGCCCAGUAUCACUUGGUAAAAGAGAAGGAAGCAUC